AUAAGACAUUAAGGAUUGACGAGCAGCAGCAUCACAGACUUACAGACGGUCGUUGCAGUGCGUUUCCCUAUACCUAUAUUCGUUCAUAAUAUAAUUACUCUCAAAACUACAAAAAACCGCCAAAACAUGAUGAAGGUAGUUAUCGUAAAGCUCUUGCUGGCCGCUCUCGCUGUCGCCAACGCCGGCGUGAUAUCCUACCACGCGCCCACCUACUUGGCUGCCGCCCCGGCGGCCGUCAUCGCCCCCGCGCCCACGCUCGUGCGCACCCCUAGCUUGGACAGCGCCGUGGUCCAGUCCGAGAGGGUGGGUGGCAACUUCGCUUACAGCACGGUCGAGGGCCACGCUUACACGGCGUACAACCCCGUCAUCCAGCACAUCAGCUCGCCCGUGGCCAUCACGUACAAGGCGCAACCGGUGGUCGCCCCGGUGCCGCUGGUGGCCGCCGCGCACCCCGUGCCACUGCCGGCUGUGUACGCGCCCGCCAAGACCCUCUACUAUGCUCAUUGAACCGCUCGUCGGCUGUGUUCAUUCUAGUUGUUUGUAAUUCCUUAUAAUAUAUUAUUUUUACACAAUAUGUUUACAAUAAGGUAAUGUUAAUUCGCUAUUAAUAAUGUUAGGUAUUGUCUUAUUUAUUUAUUUUUAAAUUUAAAAUAUAUUAUAUAACUUUAUAAUGUGUACUUUUAAGUUAAUAUGAUACAAUGACUUGUACAAGUGACAAAAUAAUUUGUAGAUUUUUUUCCUUUUUGGGAAAAUAGUUCAAUUUUUUGUACUCCAGUUGAAAUUGAAAAAUAUAUAUUUAUAUAAAUGAC